ACUCCACAAAUAAAAGUAUAAAAACCACUCCGCAUUCCAAAAGGAGGAAGGAACAUUACACACACAACACACAUUCACAUCUCUCUAACUAACGUUUGUUAGUAGUUUGUCCAUACAAAGGCAAUGGCCGUAAUUUCAGGCCUCCGCCAUUCCUCCUUCCUAAAUACGACAGCGGCGGAAGAGAUCAAUGGCGGUCCAGAAGAGAAGGAGAGAAUGAAGCAGAAUACGCCAGCUGCUGCGACGGUCACGCCCGGAGGUGAGGCAUUCGAUCCGGCAGCGCCGCCUCCGUUCAGGAUUGCGGACAUCCGAGCCGCCAUCCCGGCGCAUUGCUGGGUGAAGGAUCCGUGGCGGUCCUUCUCCUACGUCGUCCAGGACGUGGCGGCCGUCGUAGGGUUGCUCUCCGCCGCCGUCUACUUCGACAGCUGGGCUUUUUGGCCGGUCUACUGGGUGGCUCAGGGGACCUUGUUCUGGGCCAUUUUCGUUCUUGGCCAUGACUGUGGGCAUGGGAGCUUUUCAGACAAUCCUGUGCUGAAUAAUGUGGUGGGACAUUUUCUCCAUUCCUCAAUUCUUGUGCCUUAUCAUGGAUGGCGAAUCAGCCACAAGACGCAUCAUCAGAACCAUGGACACGUUGAAAACGACGAGUCAUGGGUACCGCUGCCUGAGAAGUUGUACAAGAAACUGGACUACUCCACCAAAUUCUUGAGAUAUAAAAUCCCAUUCCCCAUGUUUGCAUACCCAAUAUAUUUGUGGUCCAGAAGUCCGGGAAAGAGCGGAUCCCACUUCAAUCCCUAUAGCGCGUUGUUCAGAGCGGAUGAGAGGAAAUUGGUGAUGACUUCAACGAUUUGCUGGGCAGCAAUGGUUGCUUUUCUCUUUUGUGCCUCCACCAUUAUUGGUCCACUCUCUUUGUUCAAGCUCUAUGGUGUUCCCUACUUGAUAUUUGUGAUGUGGUUGGAUACCGUGACGUAUCUGCACCACCACGGUCACGAGCAGAAGCUCCCCUGGUACCGCGGCAAGGAAUGGAGUUAUUUAAGGGGCGGACUGACGACAGUAGAUCGGGAUUACGGAUUGUUUAACAAAAUCCAUCACGACAUCGGGACCCAUGUCAUUCACCAUCUCUUCCCUCAGAUCCCACACUACCACUUGGUGGAGGCGACUAGGGAAGCAAAGAGAGUGCUGGGAAAAUACUACAGGGAGCCCAGGAAAUCAGGACCUAUUCCUUUCCAUCUAAUUCCCAGCUUGGUGAACAGCAUCCAAAGUGACCAUUACGUUAGCGACACCGGCGACGUUGUCUAUUAUCAGACUGACACUUCCCACUUCUCUUCCCUUCCUUCAUCAAAGCUCCAUACCAACUAAACUCUCUUCCAAGUUUAGAUUUUAGUCUUCUUUCCUCCUCUUAGUGCUGAAAUUUUGGUUGGAAAAAAAAGAAAAAAGGGAAAUAGAAUGGUUUGUUGGAACCAAAUUUUAUGUUUAAUUAUUUUGGUUGUUGCGUCGUCUUUUCCGUCGCUGCAAUAAAGAGAUAGUAUUAGGGACAGAAUGUUCGGCGACGACCCUAAAAUCGUUGCUUGAAAUAUGUACUAAGGGACAAUGAUUUUCAUCUUGUCGUGAUAUGAUUAUUAGUGAUGAGAAUUGUUUAUGAAA